GCUCUCAUCGAGACCCUGGAGUCCCGAGGCGUCCUUGGCCAGGUCAAGGCCAAGGUGCGUGCAGAGAUUUUUGCCGCCCUGGACGACGAACAGGUCCAGCGCCCGCAGCUGCCUCGCGAGAAUGCCUUGAUCAAUGAGCUGAUCAAGGAGUACUUCGAGUACAACGGGUACUACCACGCGCUGUCUGUGUUACUGGCCGAGAGCGGCCACCCGGAGGAGCCCCAGUUCGAUCGGCGCUUCCUGGCCUCUGAGCUGCGAGUUCGCGAGGAUGACCGAAGCAGGUCUCACCCUCUGAUCUACGCCCUGGUGCGGGGCGCCUGCGCCAGCGACGGCGGCGUGCCGCCAGCAGCCAUGGAG